AUGGCUGAUGACUGUUCCUUUAGCCACAACUUUGAUUUGAACAAUACAUGCUCGAAGAAUGAAUGUUUGAUUCCUCUUCAGGAGCUACUAAAAUCAUCUGCUUUUCUAGUUGAUGAUAGCUGUGUCCUUGGUGUUAAGAUAUUGAAAAUUAAAUUAUUUUCUACUGAAAAGAAGGCUGCUGUGGUUCCGAAGAAGGUUACCACAGUACAGAACCUUUUUAUCCAGAAGAAAGGGCUCAUCAAAGGGACCUACACCUGGAUCAUGGACAACUACCACGAAUUGGACUCGAAGCACUUUGUUUGUUCUCCUACAUUCGAAGUUGGUGGACAUAAAUGGCAUGUUGGCCUGUAUCCGCAUGGUCGCAGACACAUCACCAACCAUGUCUCCUUGUUCUUAUACCUGGAGUCCUCGGAUAAGCUCUGUGACGAGUCUGGGAAGGCAGUUGAAUAGACUCUGUGCAUCUUGGACCAAAAGAACGGGAAACACUCCACCAUAACUUCAG